AUGCCUCGCAUCUCACCCGCCGCGAUACGUCAAGCCUACAAGAUCUCACCCCACGCAGCGACAAUUCUACCCGCCUGUCGAGACCUGCCUUCAAGCAUCAACGAGCUGCGAUGGAUCCGUGAACACGUCGAGGAGCUUCAACGCGGGCGGGCACCGUCCCCCUUCAGGACAGAGUAUCAAGUCACCUCACUCUGCCUUCAACGUGGGAGAGGCGUGCCUCUGCAAUAUGUCCUCGGCAGCCAGCCUUUCGGCAAUUUGGACUUGAAAUGUCGCCCCGGCGUCUUGAUUCCCAGACCGGAGCCUGAAGCGUACACAACCCACCUGGCCAACCUCAUAAAACAAGGCUCUCUGUUAAGCCAGGGGGAAAAUCAGCCCCCUUCAACCCUCCGCGUCUUGGACUUGUGUACGGGAACAGGCUGCAUAGCCCUGCUCCUGUACUCGCUCCUCCGCCGCGCCAUCCCCGCGAGCCUGCACGUCCUCGGCGUCGACAUCUCCGCCCAGGCCGUGCGGCUCGCCCACGAGAACCUCGCCCGCAACACCGCCAAGGGCCUGGUGUCUGCUCCCCAGUCUCCGGGGCAGUCGGUGGACUUCAUCCGGGGGGACGUCUUCUCCGACUCCCUGUUCGCGGAAGUAGAGACUCAAGCAGCAGCAGGAGGAUCAGACCCGCGGCCGGCCUGGGAUAUCCUCGUCUGCAACCCGCCCUACGUCUCCCGCUGGGCGUUCGCCCACCAGACUGCGCGCAGCGUCCGCAACUAUGAGCCCAAGAUCGCCCAGGUCCCCGCCGCGAUCUAUGGCGGUGGCGCUGUCAGGCCCGAGGACGUCUUCUACGCGCGGCUGCUGGACAUUGGUGUGCGGCUGGGGCCCAGGGUGAUGUUGUUCGAGGUGGGGGAUUUGGAGCAGGCCUUGCGAGUCGCGGAGAUGAUUCUGGAUCAUAAGGAUCUGGUGAGCUCGGGCUCCAGUGUGAGUGUCGAGGUGUGGAGGGAUUGGCCGGAUGCAGCGCCUGAGGAGGGCGAGGAGACAUCCGCAAAAGUCCGUGGGGGAGGUAGGGAAGUGCACAUCAGAGGGAGCGGUCAUGGUCGGUCGGUAUUCAUACAAUGCAGAUGA